AACCCUGGACUUUCCAUGUCACGUGGAGCAGUUUUUCAAUAGGAGAUGACGCAAUAGCCUUCUGUUCACUCCCGGGGUGCGUUCCAGACCGCCGUUAGUUUGCUGAGUUGAUGAGUGUUAGACAGACGCAGGAAGUGUUUUGGCGUGAAAAGAUAACUUUCUAAAGACUCUUUGAAAAGAUCCCCAGAACAAUGCAGUCUGUAUCACAAACCAUGCCGACAGAGGAAAACCUGACCUGUCUCCAUGUUCAGCUGUAUCACCCAGACCAGUCUGUGCAACCUCUCUACAGCCUUCUGCGUAUGAACCAACCGUACAAGAUCAAUGGCGAGGAUCCCAUUAGGAUUGGCCGUGAUGGACAGUCGUGCUCGUUUGUGCUGAAUGACACCCGUGUCUCCCGAAAACAGCUCUCCAUCCAGGCAUAUCGCAAGCCUGGUAGCAUAGAUCUACGCUUUACUGUGCAGAACAUGAGCCUGAAAGGCAAGAUCAUAGUAAACGGGCAUGAACUGGGCCACUUGGAGCGGGCUGAUCUGGAGGAAAAGGCAUUGCUGAGAUUUGGCAGAUAUGAAUUGCUGAUUUGGAAGGAGUCUGGUGAGGCCCAGGACAGUUUUGAAGUUUUGUUUGAAAAGCUGAAUGUUUCCCCUGCAAGGGAAAUGGGGAUAGAUCUGCCAUGCAGGAUUGCGGUGAUGGAUACAGGUGUAAGAAUCCAUCAAAAUGUAGAGCCUCUGAGUCCAGAGCCACUGGAAAGUGAUGAGAAUCUGUAUACUUAACCAAGAUAACAUAUUUUGAUAAACACGAGUUCACCAAGAGAUAUUCUGUGGUUAUUUUUAGUGAAAGGAUAAGGACGAGGCUGCUGAUUCCUCAUGUGACAUUUACUCAGUUUAUUAUAUGUGAAGACAGGCAUGAUUUUUAACUACAUGUUUUCAGAUUUCGUGUUUGUUCAGUCAUUCUUGCCUUGCUUAUUGUUUUUUUUAUUUUUUUUUUACUUUUUUGUUACUAAAGAACCUUUUGUACAUAGUUAAGAAAUAAUGGAACAAUAUUUUGAGUAGCAUUUCUGACGUUAUACCAGUUUAUUAGGUUUUUGCUAAAUGCCACUGAGCCAGAUGUUUAGCCUAUCUCUAUAUAUACGCUACUUAUAAUUGUCAUAAACUCUUAACAGCACAUUAUUAUUUAUCUAAAAUCAUUUAAAUAUAUGCUAUACUUUAUUAUCUGUCGUAUGUUUAUUUAAUAUGCACAUAUGUAGUGUUACAUGGGUAUGCUAGUAUAGGAUAGCAUGUCAUUUUAAAAAAAAUGUGAAAUAGCCUAAC